GCUUGGGAAGUACAGAGCUUUUAAGAGUCGUGGGUUUGACUUUUAUUGGGUGACUUCACUGGUUUUUCCCAAGAAAUGGGUUAAUAAUAAUAUGACCACAGCUUUUAGGUGGAGGGUUGUUGUCAUCCGUAAUUUCCGUGAAGAACUGAUCAGCUCAAGUUGCGCUCCCCAUCAGUUUUGAAGCUUCAACCCCUUCGUUUUGCCUUAAUUUUAUUUCUUGAUGCAAGGCAUUGACUUUGUAUUUUAUCAACAGUUCAACACUCCUCUGUCCCUAUAUAUUUUGGAUGAAAACCGCUUCUUUCCUGCAGAGCAUUCGUUCUGAGACCUUGUGAUUGCGACAGCCUUUUCUUUCUUUUCUUUUGUUUUCACUGCAAUUGAGAACACUUUCCGGUAGCGGAUUAGUGGUGUAAGGCGUGUAAUCUUCGGUGGAAGCAAGGCAAUUGACAACUGAGAAAGGAGGGACGUGAAUAUGGGGAAUAAAGAAUCGAGAAGUACCAGCAGCAGCUACUUUGAUUCCCGCAGUUAUGACUCCCAAUCAUUUCGAAGCUCGUCUAAUCGCUCUUCAUUUUCCGAGAAUUACUAUAAUCAUGAAAGAAAAGGCAAGGUGCAGUCAAAAUACUCCAGAAUCGGUGAUGAUUACAACUCGCUGGAACAGGUCACAAAUGCUCUUGCUCAAGCUGGCCUCGAGUCUUCCAAUCUUAUUGUGGGUAUCGAUUUCACAAAAAGCAAUGAAUGGACAGGUGCGCGAUCUUUCAACCGCAAGAGCCUACAUCACCUUGGGGAUACCCCUAAUCCGUAUGAACAGGCAAUAUCUAUAAUUGGGAGGACGCUCUCGAGUUUCGAUGAAGACAAUCUCAUUCCUUGUUUUGGUUUUGGCGAUGCUACAACGCAUGAUCAGGAAGUCUUCAGCUUUUAUCCCGACGAUAGAUUAUGUGAGGGCUUUGAGGAAGUUCUUUCCCGUUACAGAGAUCUAGUUCCGGACGUAAACUUGUCUGGACCGACAUCAUUUGCUCCCAUUAUUGACAAUGCCAUUGAAAUCGUAAAUAGCAGUGGCGGACAGUAUCAUGUCCUUGUGAUCAUCGCUGAUGGACAGGUCACAAGAAGCGUUGACACGGGUCCUGGCCAUUUGAGCCCCCAAGAACAGAAGACAAUAGAGGCUAUCGUGAAAGCAAGCGAGUAUCCAUUGUCCAUCGUGUUGGUCGGAGUCGGGGAUGGACCGUGGGAUAUGAUGCACAAGUUUGACGACAACAUCCCUUACCGAGCUUUUGACAACUUUCAGUUUGUAAAUUUCACCGACAUCAUGUCGAAGUGCAUGCCCGCAUCCAAGAAGGAGGCAGAGUUUGCCCUCGCGGCGUUGAUGGAAAUACCAACACAAUACCAAGCUACACUCGAUCUCCAACUUCUUGGAUGUCGAAGAGGAACUUCGGGAAGGUUUCCUCUCCCUCCACCAAAGCAGAUCCGUUCCGCAAAAUCUUACCCGAAGCGCAUGCCCUCAAGCACUAACGAACACAGAAGUGGUUUUUCUUACACUUCUACUCCUCCUACUGAAGGUCCUUCUCACAAGAAUUGUCCCGUGUGCUUGUGGAGUAAGAAGGAUCUUGCAUUUGGAUGUGGGCAUCAGACAUGCUACGAAUGCGGAACGGACUUGGCCUCGUGCCCAAUCUGCCGCACAUUCAUAACUACCAGGAUAAAGCUUUAUGACUGAACAUCGAAACCAAGAAGAUGGACAAGGCGAUAGAUGCGGGCCGCAAUUUACUGGUGGAUUUUUGGCUCUGGUACGGUUCUCUUCGAGUAUGUGAGCCUUUGCGGACAUGUAGUUGACUUUUGGUGUUUGUUGUAACGGGUUCUGUUUUCGGUUCUUUGCUCUUUGUUUGCUUGUAGCCGUUGAUGUAAAUUCUACCUCUCUUCUAGCUUGUUUAUGUCUCCCUCCAAACUUUCUACAGCAUCAUCUACUUGCUUACAGGUUCUUUUUGGCACGAAAGGCUGAAUGCAAUCAACCCAUAAUUUUACAUUGAA